UUUUAAUCCGUUUCUCAUCCCCUAAACUUCGCUUUCUCUUCCACAUUUCCUUCCAUCUCCAUCAAAUCCAAAUAUUUUUCCCAAUCUCAAAUCUGAUCAGAUCUCUCGAAGCAUUUAUCCAUUCAUCCAGAAAAGAAAUAUGGAUUUUUUUCUCGACCGGAAGUUUCAGUUUGGCUAGUGAGCUUUUUUCGGUGAAAUCGGCGGGAUUUGUUGGGAUCGGAAUGGGGUUGGAUUAUUACGAUAUCCUGAAUGUGAAGAAGAAUGCGACAGAUAACGAGCUCAAGAAAUGUUACAGGAAACUGGCGAUGAAAUGGCAUCCUGACAAGAAUCCCACAAACAAGAAUGAAUCCGAGGCUAAAUUUAAGCAGAUCUCCGAAGCUUAUGAGGUCUUGAGCGAUCCUCAAAAAAGGGCGAUUUAUGAUCGAUAUGGUGAAGAAGGUUUAAAGGGCAUGCCCCCUCCUGGUACUACAGAUGGUGCAAAUGGCUCUGGAAAUUUCUUCUUCAAUCCUCGGGAUGCAGAAGAUAUCUUUGCUGAGUUCUUCGGGUGCAGCCCAUCUGAGUUUGCCUCAAUGAACCGUGGAAAGUCUACUAGAUUUAGGUCAGAUGGUGCUGGAAGAUUCUUUGGUGGGUUUGCAGGGCCUCAAAAUGUCUUCAGUUCUUACAAUGAAGGCGCAGGAGUGGGUGGUGGAGGCCAACCUAAGAAAGCUUCUGCUGUCGAAAACACGCUGGUUUGCAGCCUUGAGGAGCUUUGUAUCGGUUCAACGAAAAAAAUGAAGAUCUCAAGGAAUGUAUUUAAUGACAAUGGCCAGGUGAUUCCAGUAUCCGAGAUCUUGAAGAUUGAUGUGAGACCUGGAUGGAAAAAGGGAACCAAGAUCACCUUCCCAGACAAAGGCAAUGAACAGCCUAACCUUCUCCCAGCAGACCUUGUAUUCAUCAUUGAUGAGAAACCUCAUGAAGUUUAUCAGAGGGAUGGAAAUGAUCUCAUUGUUCAUCAGAAGGUUUCAUUGUUAGAAGCUCUUACAGGAGCUACACUAAACUUUACUUCUCUUGAUGGAAGGGAUCUAACAAUCCCUGUUACUGAUAUUAUAACUCCUGGUUAUGAGCUUGUAAUUACUCAGGAAGGGAUGCCUAUUACAAAGCAGCCAGGAAGGAAAGGUAACCUCAGAAUUAUAUUUGAUGUGAAGUUCCCAACGAGACUAUCUGCUGAUCAACAAUCUGCUCUCAAGCGAAUUCUGGGAGAUUAAAAUUACCUAAUUUUCUUCUUGAAUUCUUCGUUUUAGCUAACCAUUUGACAGGCUUGCUGUCAUAUUGAGUUGUGGCAAAAAGAUUAGAGCAGGAUAUGAAAGAAAUAAAAAUGAUUGGAUUAGGAUACUCUCACCCAAUUUUUAUUACACUGAUCUUACAAAAAUUGACUUGUAUGUUUUUUUUUUUUUUUUGACAUUUAUACUGAUGAUUUAUAUAAUUCUUUAAAUGCCUUAUGGUGUUGUCAUAUAAUUUCACAAUAAAUAUGUAUUAUUUUUUAAUUCUUCACAUAAAUUCUUAUCAUUUAAAUAUGAUUGU